AUGUCUAUCUAUCUAUCUAUCUAUCUAUCUAUCUAUCUCAGUUUUUUGUUCAUAUCUAUCUCAAUUUGUUCAUAUCUAUCUAUCUAUCUAUCUAUCUCAUUCUGGUCAUUGUCUAUAUAUCUCAAUUUGUUCUAUCUAUCUAUCUAUCUAUCUAUCUAUCUAUCUAUGUUAAUAUUUAUCUAUCGAUCUAUCAUAUCUAUCUCAAUUUGUUCAUGUCUGUCUGUCUAUCUCAAUUUCUUCUAUCUAUCUAUCUAUCUAUCUAUCUAUCUAUCUAUCUAUCUAUCUAUCUAUCUCAUUCUGUUCAUUGUCUAUAUAUCUCAAUUUGUUCUAUCUAUCUAUCUAUCUAUCUAUGUUAAUAUUUAUCUAUCGAUCUAUCAUAUCUAUCUCAAUUUGUUCAUGUCUGUCUGUCUAUCUCAAUUUCUUCUAUCUAUCUAUCUAUCUAUCUAUCUAUCUAUCUAUCUAUCUAUCUAUCUAUUUACCAUUUAG